CGUUACACUGAACUGUAACGCGCAGCAUAACAAACAAAGAAUUGAGCUGCUGCAGUUUUACUUAAUUAACUUAAAUUUUUGAUAUUGUUGCGAUGUCGCGUCGCAGCCAGGACAUACCCAUACGGCCACGCUACGGCUACGCAGACGAGGCCGGCGGCGAGGACGCCGCCAGCAUCAGCCACAAGGUGCAGCAGCGCAACAACGCCUGCGGCACGCCCGCCUCCUACUCGGAGAUACCCUUUCUGGCCCAGUACGCGGGUCCAGUGCCCGAGCACGUGCUGCAGGACAUAACGCCCACGGCCGGCAAGGUGCCGCCGCCGGGCAGCGAAAGCUACAUGAAUCUGGACUCGGGCGAGGAUGACGAUCACGACGAUGACGACGGCGAGGAGGAGGACGAGGAGGAGCCCAGCAAUAGCAACUCGAAGGACAGCUCCAACGAGCCGAGCAAGCCGAGCACAAAUCGACCCAAGUCGCUGCAAUCCACAUUUCCCUACGAGCUGGAGGGCGCAGGCGCCACGAGCAGCACCGGCGCGAUGCAUCAUUUCGUGGCCCACAAUCUGGAGUCGAAGCUGCGCGCCGCCACGGACCACAACAACUCCGAGCAGACAACGCCCUCCGCGCCGAUUUCACGUUUCCUGCAAUCACGCAACGUGCCCGAGGUGGACGGCAAUGUGCUGAGCGACAUUGAGCUGGAGGCACAGUAUUUGGCCAGCUCGGUGGACAAUCUGAUGGAGAAUCUGGGCAAUCUGCUGCACUCCAUCAGCUCCAUUACGGCGGACAAUGUGGAGGUGCACAAGAAUGCGGUGAAAAAGCUCACGGAUGCCCUGGACGCCAACAUCAAGUGCCAAUAUCAGCUGCUGGCCAAGACCGAGGAGAUAUCCAAGUCGAUGCGGCCCACCGAGAAGCUCAGUCAGCGCAUUCGGGAGAUCAAGCGCCUGGUGGACAUGCUGGACAGCACCAUGUAGGAGGAAGCCAGCGGCGGGGUUGGAGGCGUGGAGCUCGCUGCUGCUUUUGGGCAGGAAAUUGGCACGCCUUGUGCUUUUCUUUAGGCAAACAUUCCAUUUGCUACCAUAUUCU